UUGUAAUUGUGUGCAAAUGAGGUCGGAAGUCGAACCAGAUGAGCAGCAGCAGAUGCCUUCAGCUACUGGAAAAAUGCAGGAACAUAAACCAAUUGAAUCAAGCCCACGCGCUGGCGAUCGCGUGUGGGCUCGGCAGCAACAGCUUUGCUCUGAGCAGAAUCAUCGCGUUCUGCUCCGACCCUUUUCACGGCAGCCUCUCCUACGGUUACAAAAUCUUCCAACACAUCGAAAACCCCACGAUCUGCAUCUGCAAUACAAUGAUCAAGGGUUUCUUGCUCAAAGGCGAAAGCUUUGAAGCCAUACGAAUCUACAAAUUGCUGCUGAGAAAUUCCACGCGCCGCCCUGAUAAUUACACGCUCCCCUAUGCCCUGAAAGCUUGUACGAACAUGGGAAGUUCGAAUCUAGGAGAAUCGAUUCAUGGGCAUGCUGCGAAAUUAGGGUUUCUGUCCGAUAAUUUUGUGGGGAAUUCUUUGAUUGUGAUGUACUCUGAUUUUGGUGAAAUGGGAGCGGCGAGAAUUGCUUUUGAUGAGAUUUAUUGCCACUGUGUUGUUUCUUGGACGGUUUUGAUUUCUGGGUAUGCUAAAAAGGGGGAUGUUUAUUCGGCAAGAUCGGUUUUCGAUGAAGCCCGAUUGAAGGAUAGAGGGAUUUGGGGUGCUAUGAUAUCAGGGUAUGUGCAGAACAGUUGUUUUAAAGAAGGAUUGAAAUUGUUCAGGUUGAUGCAGUUGAGUGGUAUUAAGCCCGACGAAGCGAAUUUCGUUAGCGUUCUUUGUGCUUGUGCUCAUUUGGGAUCGCUCGAGAUCGGGAAAUGGAUUCAUAUAUAUGUGGGGAAGGUCGGAAUGCGAGUAAGUGUUAAAUUAGGUACUGCCUUGAUCGACAUGUACUCGAAAUGUGGGUGCUUGGAUUUGGCAGAACAGGUGUUCGAUAAAUUGCCCCACAGAGAUGUUAUUUGCUGGAACACUAUGAUUUCGGGAUAUGCUAUGAAUGGUGAUGGAGAAAGUGCUCUGAGGUUGUUUGAUAAGAUGGAGAAGUUAGGGGUGAGGCCGGAUAAUGUGACGUUCGUUUCUUUGUUCAGUGCUUGUAGCUACUCAGGCAUGGCAAAAGAAGGCCUGCGUUUGUUGCGUACUAUGUGUAACGUGUACAAAAUCGAGCCCACAAGCGAGCAUUAUGGAUGUAUAGUCGAUUUGCUCAGCCAAGUAAAACUCGUUGAAGAAGCUAAUACCAUAGUUCGAAGUAUGCCUAUUUUGGGUUCGAAAUCUGAAGAAGCUAUACCUUGGAGAGCGCUUCUUGGUGCUUUUUGUAGCCAAGGGCGUGUCGAUUUGGCUGAGGCUGCUGCAGAUAGAGUUGUGAAUUUAGAACGGCAUAGUGGGGCCUACGUUUUGCUGUCGAACGCGUAUGCAUUUGCAGGGAGACACGAUGAAGUGAGAAGAGUGAGAAAGAUGAUGAAAAAACGAGGUGUGGAGAAAACACCGGGCUGUAGCUCGGUGGAGAUUAACGCUGUUGUUCAUGAGUUUAUUGCUGGGGAGAAUACACAUUCCCAUAUGGAUGAAAUAUUCGAACUUCUGGGGAUAAUUAAGAGGCAGUUAGAUUCUUUGCAGUGUGACUUUCUUGAUUCUUUCAAACAUAAUAAAUUUGUAUAAGUUCGGGUUUUCUGCAUAACGACGAAGGUAUUAUCUAUAUACACUUCAGGCAAGUUUGAUCGAGCCUGAAGCCCCAAUGAUGUUUUUUCA